AAACGUGGUACCGAUUUCUUCACUGUUUGCACAGUCAAUAAAGGAACUUGGGGAUAACUUGAAGUUUCAACAAUGAUCUGUAUACUGCUGGUAGCCGGUCAUGGCACCGUCUUAGAGACACAAAUUAAGAAUGAUGACACGGGUUUAUACAGCCACCUGACCGGAGUACCAAAGGCCUUACUUCCUGGCAUAGGAGGAAAGAAGAUCCUCGAUUUUUGGUGGGAAACUGUCAACAUGAGGCAGCUGUUCACAGAGGUGUUUCUGGUCACAAAUGCAGACAAGUAUAAGCACUAUGAGCGCUGGGCCACAGCGAAUGACUUCCCUGUGGAAAACUUGUUAAAUGACGGCAGCACUACAUUGGAGGACCGUCUUGGGGCUGUUGCUGACCUGCAGCUUGCCAUACGCAGUCGCAAGCUUCAAGAUGACAUCAUGGUGAUAGCAGGAGACAUGCUGUGUGCAGACCAGAACUUUGACAUUGCUCAAGUUAUUCGUUUCUUCAGGUCAAAGCCAGGGGAGCUGAUGAUUUACUAUGAGCUUGAGGAAAGUGAGAAAAGCAGCUCAAGAGGUAUUGUGGAGGUCUGCCCUGACACCCAUAGGAUAACUCGCUUCCUGGAGAAACCGCAGGAUGGACUGACAACAUCCCGGCUGGCGAGCGUGGUCUUUUACUGCAUCAGAAAAGACACGCUGUGCUACCUGUCUGACUUCCUCAACAUGCAACCUCAAGCCACAGACAGGACCUUUGGACAGUUCUGGGAGUGGCUCAUAAAUGAGAAACAGCUGGAUGUGUUUGGGAUGAAGCUUCCUACAGGGUUCCAGCUCAUUGGACAAGUGGGUUUGUCAGACUACACCAAGUGGCUCACCCACUACUCCACCAAGAAACAUGACAAUCCUGCUAAGCCAAUCAUGUGCCGAUCAUAUGCCAGGGUUGGACUGAUGGGGAAUCCUUCAGAUGGCUUCAAUGGGAAAACCAUUGCAAUGUCUAUCUCUAACUUCUGGGCUGAGGUCACUCUGGUGGAGAGCCAGUCUUUGGUUUUGGUCCCUCAUCCUCUCAACGACCCAACAGAGUUCGGAAGCUUGCAAGACCUUUUCUGUAUCAGCAGGAAGGAAGGAUACCUGGGAGGUCUACGGCUGCUGCAGGCAACCUGUAAGAAGUUUUACCAGUUCUGCUCCAAACAAGGUAUUGCUCUGACAAAGCAGAACUUCACACUGAAGUACGACACCAACAUCCCUCGACAAGUGGGCCUUGCUGGAAGCAGUGCCAUCGUCUCAGCCACGCUGAAGUGCCUCAUGGCUUUCUACAACAUCACAGAAAAUGAUCUUCCAAAGCCGAUCCGAGCAAACUUCAUCCUCAGUGUAGAGACCGAUGAACUUUUCAUCACAGCUGGCCUGCAGGACAGAGUCGUUCAGGUCUAUGAAGGCUUAGUCUACAUGGAUUUUAGCAAGAAGCUCAUGGAGGAACAGGGAUAUGGAGACUAUGAAUUAAUGGACAUGAGUGAGCUCCCACCCUUUUGGUUGGCCUACCUGAGUGACCCCAGUGACUCCGGACGCAUCCACAGCAACAUCAGACAGCGCUGGCUCAGUGGAGAGCCUCUGGUAGUUGAUGCCAUGAAGACUUUUGCUGAGCUCACAGAUCAAGCAAGGAUGGCUCUACAGGACAGAGACUGGGGCGGCCUGGCACAACUGAUGGACCAGAACUUUGAGCUGCGAAGGACUGUCUACACUGAUGAGUGUCUGGGUCCUGGAAACCUCAAGAUGGCUCAGCUGGCGAGGAAGUUUGGCUCUGCAGUGAAGUUGCCUGGUAGUGGUGGGGCCGUGGUGGGUCUGUGUCUGGAUAAUGCCAAAAUGGUGGAGAUGAGGCAAGCUUUUCAGGAGGCAGGCUGCGUCUUCUGUAUCAUCACACCGUACAACCCAUCUGCCAGCACCAUUGAUGACAAACACUAAUGUCACUUCCUCCCAGGAUGCCGUCAGGCUACUCAGGUACAACUCAUGGCCAUCAAGAAAACGACACAGGGGCCUCAUAAAGACUCAAAUCAUGUGACUCAAAAGUAUGAAUUGCUUAGUUAUAAGUUAGAUAAAUCCAUAAUUAAAUAAAGGUUGCUGCAAGAAUCAUUCUGUUUUGGUGGUAGAUUAAAGUCAUUAACCUGACCAGCCAGGUUAAGUGAAUACUGUAGAAAGAGAUAUUUCAGUGAUUUGUUAAGAUCAUAUAAAAAUCAGAUCUUAAACGGACUUACUGGGUGUACUUAAUACCCAAUUUGUACAAUUGUUAUACAUAAUAUACAUAUUUUUUACAAGUAAUUGUAUAGUUGUAUUGGUUAAAUUCUAUUUAUUUGUAUAAUUUCAAUAUUUUUGUUAACAGACAUUUUAAAGGCUUUUUGAAAAUUAAAAUCUUUGACUAGAACCACUGCGUACUCCACAUUUGAUACAUAGCAGGAACUUAUUUCACGUCCUUUUCAUGACUCAUAAAACUGUUGUAUUGUGUAUUAAAGGUGCUUUUUCAGACAUUC